UGAUAGUAAAUGUAAAAAAUGGAGGCUUGUAAACCGGAGGAGCAAGAGGCAUUAUCAAGAAAUGAUGAAGCGAAUGAUAAUGGGCAAAAAUGCUUUGACAACAAGAAGAAAGGAGGAUGGAUCACCUUCCCGUUCAUCACUGGGACUGUCAUGGGAUUAUCAUUAGCUACAAGUGGUUGGACUGCCAACAUGGUUGUGUAUGCAAUAGAGCAGUACAACAUGAAGGAGAUUACUGCUGCAAAGUUAUAUAAUAUAUCCAUGGGUGGUAUGACCUUUGUCAACAUCCUCGCAGCAGUCUUUGCAGACUCCUUGUUUGGAUCGCUCUCCAUCUUCACUGUUGCAUCUUUUGUUUCUCUACUUGGUGUUAUCUUGUUUACACUUUCAGCUACAAUUUCUUCCUUAAGGCCCCUUCCAUGCACCACAAGCAGCUUCAUAAAAUGCAAGCUCCCAACAAACCAACAACAAUGCUUUAUCUAUGUCACCAUAGCCUUAGCUGCAACUGGAGCUGGAGGUACAAAUUUUCUACUAGGAACAAUAGGCGCAGACCAAUUUCCUAAGUCUUCCGAACAACAACGAAUUUUCUUUAACUGGUUCCUUAUUGCUAAUCAACUCGGCAAAGUGAUAGGUUACACAGUCAUUGUGUACUUGCAAAAUAAUGUGAGUUGGGGACUCGGUUAUGGCAUUGGUGUCGCAGCUAAUGCAGUAGCCAUAGUUGUCUUCUUGUGUGGCUCGUGUUUCUACAAGCGUGUAAUGCCACGAGGAGGGAGCCCUUUCACCAGCAUCGCUCGUGUGUUCGUAGCAUCUCUUAGAAAGAUGAACAAAAUCGUAGCUGAAAACUAUGACAGGAAUUGUUAUUUUUAUGGAAUCUCAUCGUCAGACGUUAUCAAUCAUCAAGCCCCAAGCAAUACCCUCAGAUUUCUUAAUCGAGCAGCUCUAAAAACAAUGCAUAAACAUGAAGAUGCAAACAAUAGCCAAAAAUGCACGAAAUCGUGGAGCCUAUGUACUGUAGAGGAAGUGGAAGACCUCAAAAGAUUGAUAAAAGUUUUGCCAAUAUUGUCAGCUGGAAUAGUUUCUAGCAUCAUCUUCACAAUUAGUUCAAGUCUAGUCGUGCUCCAGGCUUUAGUCAUGGAUAGAAGCAUGGGACCUCAUUUCAAAAUUCCAGCAGGAAGUAUGUCCAUCUUUAUCCUUAUAACAACUUGCAUCGGAAUUUCUUUCCUUGAUCGCGUCAUAUAUCCACUAUUACAAAAGAUAGCUAAUAAAUCUCUUACGCCUCUCCAAUGCAUUGGUGUCGGAUACUUUCUCAAUGUGCUAAGCGCAGUUGCUUUCGCCUUAGUCGAAAUGAAACGGCUUAAUGUAGUCAAGAGUGAUCACCAUAUGCUGGAACAACCUCAUGCAGUAUCUCCUAUGUCAGUAUUUUGGCUUGUCUUCCCGCUUGCGUUAUUGGGUUUUAGCGCGGCGUUUGAUUUUUCGUCCUUGAUGAGAUUCUAUUACCAGGAACUUCCGGCUUCUCUUAGCAAUACUGCAGUUGCUAUAACUAGUUUGCAAUUUGCACUUGGAAGCUAUUUUGGUGCUGUUGUUCUAAGUGUGGUUCAACAUACUACUUCAUGGCUACCAGAUGAUAUUAACCAUGGUAAUAUAGAUUACCUAUAUUGGAUGCUCAGCAUCUUAGGGCUAGUAAGUUUUAUUUAUUAUCUUGUAUGUGCCAUGUUUUACAAGUACAAUAGCUACGACAGUAAUAGUGCUUCAUUGAUAGAGGAUUGCUAGCUAAAAUCAUACAAUUGUAAUUUUAAUAAUAGCUUUCAUGUUGUUUGGAUUUUGAACUUUGAUGUUGUUAAAACAUUC